AUUGUCGGAACGGAACUGUAUAGAAAUUGUCACUAAACUGAUUGCGGAAAAACAGUUGGAAGUGGUGCACACACUUGAUGGAAAAGAGUAUGUCACUCCAGCACAGAUUAGUAAGGAGAUCCGGGAUGAGCUUCACGUUUGUGGUGGUCGAGUAAACAUUGUUGACUUACAACAGGUAAUAAAUGUGGACCUUCUGCACAUUGAAAACAGAGCUAAUGACAUCGUUAAAUCGGAAAAAAGUAUUCAGCUUGUGCUGGGACAGCUUAUAAAUGAGAGUUACCUGAAUCAAUUAGCAGAAGAAAUAAAUGAUAAACUGCAGGAAACUGGCCAAGUGACAAUAUCGGAACUCUGCAAGGCGUAUGACCUUCCGGGAGACUUCCUGAUACAGGCGUUAUCCAGGCGUUUGGGUAGAAUUAUUCACGGACAGCUAGACCAGGAAAACCGUGGGGUGAUUUUUACAGAAGCCUUUGUGUCCCGGCAUCGAGCACGCAUUCGUGGUCUCUUCACUGCAAUCACUCGGCCUACACCUGUAAGUAACUUGAUCACUCGGUAUGGAUUUCAAGAACAUUUGCUUUACUCUGUGCUAGAAGAACUUGUUAACACUGGUCGUCUAAAAGGCACCGUGGUUGGUGGGAGACAGGAUAAGGCUGUGUUUGUUCCAGACAUCUAUGCCAGAACACAGAGCAACUGGGUGGAUUCCUUUUUCAAGCAGAAUGGUUACUUGGAAUUUGAUGCGUUGUACAGACUUGGCAUCCCUGACCCAGCAGGCUACAUUAAAAAAAGAUACAAGUCUACACAACUCUUAUUUCUGAGAGCAGCUUGUGUUGGUCAAGAAAUUGUGGAUCAAGUUGAAGCUUCUGUAGAGGAAGCCAUCACCUCUGGAAACUGGAUAGAUGUAGCAACUCUUCUACCCAGUUCAUUGUCAAUAGAAGAUGUUGGGAUUUUGCUUCAGCAAGUGAUGAGAUCUUUAAAUAAAAAUUCUUCAGGUUUAGUCUUCAGUGACACUAUUGUGGUCAGUGAGAAAUUUCUAAGCAGCUGUGCUGAUCUGUUUUCUGAUAUGAUGCAACAGAAAGCUGAAAAGGAAAUGAAAAAUAACCCUGUUAAUUUAAUCACUGAAGAAGAUUUAAAACAGGCUUCUGGUUUAGAGAAUUCAUAUGCUAAUAAAAAAGACAAAAAGGAUGAAAGAAGAAAAAAAGCAACAGAGGGCAGUGGAAGCGUGAGAGGAGGAGGAGGUGGUAAUGCUAGAGAGAUCAAGAUUAAGAAAACCAAGAAGAAAGGAAGAAAGGAUGCUGACAGUGAUGAAGAGUCACAAACAACUAGCUCAGGUAGGAAUAAGCAGCCGGAGUUCCCUUUCAUGUCACAAGAGGAAAUUGAGGAUGUUUUAAAGACCCACAUGCAGGAUUGUCCUGAAGAGCUUAUUACAGAACUUGCUGAACAUCUAAUAAGACCUUUAACAAAAACUUAUCAGGAAGUUGUACGUUCUGUUUUUACGUCUUCAAUAUCUUCCGGUGGAGCUAGCAGAAGACAGACUAUGAAGGACUUGCAGGAGGAAUUCUCAAACUUGUACAACAACAUUCGGUUAUUUGAAAAAGGAACAAAGCAUUUCACAGAUGAGACUCAGACUAACCUUGCCAAGCACCUGUUGAAGACUGUCUGUACAGAUAUUACAAACCUUAUUUUCAACUUCCUAGCAUCUGAUUCUAUGAUGACAACAGAAAAUUACUCUACAAUCACAAGUGAGGGUCGGACCAAGAUUUUAGGUAAAUUGCCAGAAGACACCAAAGGUCCUUUAACUAAACUGCAUACUUCUCUGAAUGGCAAGAGUGUAGAAGAUUUUCUUUCAUGCCUUGAUUCUGCAGUGGAUAUUUGUGGUAUUAUGGUGAAAAAAGGAGACAAAAAGAAGGAAAGGCAAGUCCUGUUUCAGCAUAGACAAGCUCUGAUUGAACAGCUAAAAGUCACAGAAGAUCCAGCUCUUGUUCUGCACCUGACAUCAGUGCUGUUAUUUCAGUUUUCGACCCACUGUAUGCUUCAUGCACCAGGAAGAUCAGUACCACAGAUCAUUAAUUUCCUAAGUGGCAAGAUCCCAGAGGAUCAGCAUUCUCUGUUAGUCAAAUACCAGGGAUUAGUAGUGAAACAAUUGAUCAGCCAGACUAAGAAAACUGAACAGGGAGACUGUGACACAACAGAUAACCUGGAAGAGGAGGAAGGAUCAGAUACCAUUCGAAAAGAGCUCCAGGAAAUCACUACCUCUAUCAAGGAUCUUGUUCUCAGACCUAGGAAAUCUUCUGUAACAGAGGAAUGAAAUUAUUAUUCAGUGUAUCCACAUCCACGAUACAGUCAGAAUUUUUUUUUACCCUGAAGGGAAGGAUAGCAGAAAAUACUUGACAAGCUUUAAAAUUUGGCUUCUAACAAUUACAGAUCACAGCCAGGGGACACGGUUGUUUGGUGAUGGUAACAAAUGGAGUUUUGUUGUGUACUACUACAGUGUACGUGUAACACACAUUAAAUGUAGAUGCGACAGAGCACAGUUUCAGUCGUUUUGGGUAUGAAACGAGUGGGUUUUAAUUGGCAUCUUCAUGCGAGGUCUCAGGAAAUGCUUAU